AUACUGAUCGCUCGACUGCUGUACACUGUGCAGGCAGGCGCAGCUCGGAUCGCGAAUAGCAGAAGUCACUAGGUAUGCGCCUUCUAGAGAAUUUGUUUAGAGUUUUUGGAGCAGGGCUGCCAGUUGCGCUUCGAAGCUUUGGUUGUUGAGACUAUUUUUGUUUCAACUUGUUGAUUUCACUGUGCAUUUUCAAGUGUCCUACAAACUUUUCUAAAACAAGGCAGAAACAAGAACAAUAGAUCUGUAUUCACACAAAACCGUAUAGAGUUAAAUCGAGAAUUCGCGCCAUCCGCCCCGCAGCUAAUGAGAGGUCUCCAAUAGAUGACGUCACGUGUAUGUGCCAGAAACAUCAAAAACUGUAAACGCACAUGCACUGCGGCUACUCCCACUACUUAGGAGCCUGCAGACCACUGAGAGUACCAGGAGAGUACACUGGCGUGCAAUAGUAUUCAAAGGAUGACAGAUGACGAUUACAGCUACAUAAUAUGCGUCAAAAGACUUUACACGCAAAGAUCUUUAACCUAACGAUAAUUAAUAAUAAAAACAUUACAGCUAAAGUGUAUUUAUCACAAUGAGUGAUGAUGAGGAUAACCAAAGUUUGCUUGACGAAAUUCAAGCAUUGGAUAAUAUAUUAUCACAGAAACAAGUUGCGACGAAUACUGAUGGUGCUAUUCCCGUUACUUUGAAUAUUACACAAAACCAUGUACCAAAACAAGAAGGAAGCUUCGCAAGCGAUUAUCACGAAGAGAAGGUAUCCAGGGAUUCAGACGAAGAAUCUGUCGUUGAUGACCCUUCUGCAAACUAUAGCUGUAAUGACUUACAAGAUUUAUUAGAACUGAACAAGAAAUUAAUCGAAUCUGUCUUAAAAUCUCGAGACAAAAUGGUAUGUCUUCUUGAUGACUGCGUGCAGAAGCAAGAAGUAAUCAAAGAGCAAAUUGGCAAUACAUUUGUUAGAAGUAAUAAAAUUGUCAAUUUGAAUGCUGGCAUGCCUUACUUCAAGGACAAAAACUACUAUUCAGCCAAAAGAAACGAAGAUACUGAAACUAAAAUAAGAAAUAAUGAACUGCGUUUGACAGAAUUACAGCGUAUUCAUCGUUGGAAUCAUCUGGAUAAAAAUAAUUUAUUGAAAGCCAUAAGGCAUGAGGUCACAUUGACUGUACUGAAAAAGAGUGAAGAUGAAAUCAACAUUGAGUCUGCAAUUACUAAAACAAGUCAACUGCCCAGUGAUGUCAAAGAAGCUAUUGGCUCUUUGGGCUCAAUACAAUUUGAUUGGAUGAAAAUAGCAAAUAAUAUACCUGAGAAUAAACACACUGCCGAAGAAUGUGAAGUCAUGUGGAACAAUUUUCUACAUCCUAAAAUCAACAAACAAAAAUGGACAUCCAAGGAAAAUAAAAAUUUAAAUCGUAUAGUGGAACAACACGACUUUGAAAAUUGGGAUGCUAUUGCCAAAGACUUGGGUACAAAUCGUAGUGGUUAUCAAUGUUUUAUUAGGUAUAAUACCAAUAACUGGAAAAAUCUUAUGAAAGGUCAGACUUGGUCAUACAAUGAUGAUAAGACUCUUGCCCAUCUGGUAUCAAAAUUGAAAAUUGGAGAUUACAUUCCCUGGGGAUACAUUGCCAGUUGCAUGAGCAACUGGACAAAACAACAGGUUUACUUUCGAUGGAUUUACAGUUUAGCACCCCACUUAAAAAAAGGAAGAUUUUCCAAAGAAGAAGAUCAACAACUUUUGAAAGCUGUGGAAAAAUAUGGGGAAAACUUUAGUAAAAUAGCUGCACUUGCAAUGCCUAAUAGAACUAAUAUUCAAUUGAAAGAACACUAUUUAACAUUAACAAUGAAACUGAUUGGUGGUAAGAAAAUCUGGACAUUACAGGAAGACGAGAAAUUAAUUGCAUUACAAAAAAAGUAUGGUCAACAAUGGGUAAAAAUUGUAAGAGAAUUACCAGGCGUUACUAGAGUUCAAGCAAGACAGCGUUAUUCUUCUAUUUUGCGAUAUCAGAAACGUGGUAUCAAAGUGCACAUGAUUGAUAGAGAAGAGCGUAUGGUGUCAUGUCAACCAGAGCAUACUGUUGUAACUUACACUAACAAUACACCUUGGUCUCGCGAAAAUAAGGAGAUAUUCGUGAAGCAUAUGAAAGUUGAUGACUAUCUCAUCAAUUUUUUCAAGAGAGAAAAAUCAAAUAUGAAAUUGAUCAAUUGGAACAAAGCUUACAAUCCUGUAAAAUUAAGAGAAGAUACAAAGAAGCUUUUUAAUUCUUUAACGCAGUUGAAUGCGAAUUUAGAUAUAUUAUCUAAUUUUGAAGACGAUUUCGACUCAGACGAAACAAAUCAACAACUGUUAAGUUCUUUGCAGGAUUAUAUUAAUGAAAAGCAGAAUAGCAUUUUUAGUCAGGAAGUUAAACUAAUGGCACUUAGAAUGUGUGGAUCUUUAGAAGCAGCACCUGAGAGGGAGCGAUUUAUACCUCCCUUGCCAUUUGGUUUUUGUGCUCCAAAAUCUAAAAUAAAGAAUUUCAACACUAUCAAUUAUACUGCUAAACCAAAUGAACAUCAACGCAACAAAAUGGAAUUGGAGAUGUUUUUUACGCCAAAUCUAAAUGUAACAGAAUAUCUUGGAGAAGACAUAGAUAAUCAGUUUGAAAAGCUAAAAAAUCUGUUCAUAUCUAGUACAAAGACGCAAAAAAGAGUUUAUUCCUUAAAAUGUAAACAAUUUGCUAAAACUGAUUUAUUUGUAGACUCUCCAGAAGAUAAUAUUAUUAAGCCACCAACUUAUGGUGCAAAGAAAAUUAAAUAUGAUUGGGAGCUCAAUCAAAUGAUCUCUGAAGACUCAACAACGGAAAAAAUAAUCAAUGUAGAAGAACAUCCAUUAUCACUGAUAGAACCAAAUAGAGCAAUGCUUCAAGCAUAUCAAGAAAUUUUACUCACUUCUGCAAGUUUUCCAUCAGCUUCUAAUGAGAUACAUCUGCAAUACAAACUGUCCCACAAAGGUCGCGAAGCUCUACACUUGUUCAAAAAACGUUAUGAGCAAUUAUUUCAGAUCCCAGCUGGUUUAUCCAGAAUAGUGCCCCCAGACACUGUUGAUGAAAGCGCAUUCUUACCUAUCGUGGAAAAACUCAAACACAAGAAGAGUCUGAAGACAAAACGUUUGAAAUCGACUGCAAAAUAGUAAACAUUAAAAUGUUUGGGCAAUUAAUGUCGUUUUCUGAGUAUUCAAAAAUUGGCUUGGUUAAUUUUAUAAUUUUGACAACCUUUGUUCAAUGACAUAUGGAAACAUUACUUAAUUUUGACAAGUUCCACUAUUAUGAACGUGGUUACAAAACUUAAAAAUCUCAAUUUUGUUUUAAUUUAAACUUAUUUCAAUGCAAGUUUGUUUAUUUUCAUAAAUGAAUCUUCUAUGUACAAAGUAAAAGUCUAUUUUAUUUUUAAACAAAUAUAAAAAAAAGCUUUAAGAGUUUACUUUAUGUACAUAUACUCUAUAAGAUGUAAAAACAUUUGUAUAAUAUGAAGCUUAAACAUUAAAAAAUAAAAUUUUUUACAUUUUCCUA